GCGCUAGAUUAGAUAGCAGGUAUCGCUUAUAACUAUUCUGUAAUCCUGACGGAGUCAACUUAUUAAUCAUCGGCUCGCGAUCAAGCGCGAUGUUGUAAUCCCAUAUCAGGUACUCAAUCCAAGUAUCGCGACCCAGAUCGUUUUCAAUAUAAACCUCAUUUCUAUGUCGAGACCCUUUCCUGGAAACGCCACUAUUUCUCCUCGUCUCAAUAUAUUUAUUUCCAUUGCCAAUAGAAUAAUUUUGUCUUUCAUUGAGUUAUAUUAUUGAUAUCAUGUCUACAGCUCCCUCGGGCUCAGUUCUCCUCUCCCGUGGAACUAUCAUAGCCUUCAACGAAGAGACUGAGGCUAUCGAGGUAGUUCGGAAUGGCUCCUUGCUAAUUAGCGGAGACCGCAUUGCAGGAAUUUACGAUGCUGCUCGUCCGGACAAUCUACCCUCGGAUAUAGAAAUCGUCGAUUGUACGGAUAAGAUCAUUUCUCCUGGCUUCGUCGAUACGCACCGACAUGGCUGGCAAACGGCUAUGAAGACCUUGUCCCCCAACACCACUCUACCAGAUUAUCUAGGCCGAUAUGCCGGGGAUAUGCCCGCACUUGUCUACUCAGCUGAAGAUGUGUACAUCGGACAACUCGCAGGGUUGCUCGAGGCUCUCAACGCAGGUGUAACAACCACGCUUGAUCAUGCUCACAGUAUUUGGUGCAAAGAGCGAACAAAUGCUGGGUUUCAAGCAUCCGUCGACAGUGGCGCUAGGGUGUACUGGUGCCAUGCAUUCUCUCAUCGCGAUGCUUACUCGCUUGCAGACCAAAUCGCCAAUUUCAAAGAGUUAGCUAAGUCUAAUUCGGCGUCUAGUCUAACCACUGUAGGCGCCGCAUACGAUCUUUGGGUGACAUCUUCGCCGGAGGAUGUUGAAGCUGUGAUUUCUGUCAUCAAGGAGUUAAAAAUUCCGGUGUUGACAACCCACCAUUUAGGGGGUCCGUGGUCGAUUGACAACUCACCGGAACUUCUUCACCGUCUCGGAAUUUUAGACACUGAGACGGCAGUCGUCUUCUCCCAUUCUAUGGCCAUCACGCCGGCAGGGGCCAAUCUUCUUCGAUCGACAAACCAAUUCAUCUCAAUCACGCCCGAGUCGGAGAUGCACUAUGGCCAUUCUCACCCAAAUGCGCAUCUGAUACAGGAGCAAGGCUCGCUUGGCGUGGACACGUUCUUCACCUUCUCAUCAGAUCUAAUAACCCAGGCGCGAAUUUGGCUCCAGCGCACUCGCUCUAGGGUCUACGACCAAGUCCUCGUAGAUUGGAAGGUCCCUAAAAAUAACCCAAUGUCCGUCAACCAAGCCUUUCUGAUGGCCACCCGACAGGGCGGACUCGCCCUUAGACGCCCCGACUUGGGCGUAAUUCGUGUUGGUGCAAAGGCGGAUUUGGUCGUCUUCAAUGGCCGGUCGCCUGGAAUGUUAGGAUGGCUCGAUCCUGUUGCGGCAGUGAUUUUGCAUGCAAACGUUGGAGAUAUCGACCACGUAAUAGUGGACGGCAAAUUUCAGAAACGAGACGGAAAGUUGACCUACGACAACUAUGCCGCAGUCGUUGACCGCUUCCUCGCAAGUGUAGAAAGGUUACAGAAAGCCGCCGUCGAAAGGCCUGCGCCUGUUCUUGAAGGACGUUUUUGGGGUGGUUGCGAAUAUGGCCAUGCUACGGAAGUAAAUAUUUCCCGCGGGUCCGGCACAGGUUACGGAGAGCAGUUCAUCGGGAAAUAAAUGUCUUUAUAUCAAGAAUAUGGCGUGUGUUAAGUGCUUAAGGAACUUAAAUCCGGAGUUGCCUAAUUCAAGGCAUGUAUACCUAAGUACUUGUAGUUAUUGGAUCGCGCGACUUAUUAUAGUGUUGGGGAUACUAGCGAUUUUAUUUGGUCUAGUUAUCGAAGUUAAUGUAUCCAGAAGACAUAUGGAAAGCUUGGUAAUUUCCAUUCGAGCAAUAACCUAGAUUUGGUAUUCUCUCCUCGACUGGCUUAUGGCUGAUAAGUAUACUAGAUAUAAUAAUUAUAUUAUCUUGGCUGAGGUGUGUAAAUACCUCUACAUAAUUUAAUGCCGACAAGAAGGCCAGGGUAGAGAUGACCCAAACGAUAUUUUUUACCUAAUUUGAGUGCCGUCCUCUGUACGUUCUAAGUGUUUUCUUUUUUGGAUCUGGAAAAACACCCUAAAGAAAAAUGUCAUGAUUAUGACAAAAUGCUACAUAUUUUGAUACAUGUAGGCCAGAGUUGACGAC